AUGUCCCCUAAAGUCCAUAGUAAGCCGGAUGCAGCCAGCAUAACCCCCACUGGUGGUUAUGGCUUAAGCAGAAGGGGUGUGGGGGGGUACGCUGCCACAGUACAUCGAACUACUCGAGUGUGUCCAGAAGAGGGCGCGACCAAGACGACAAAAGGCCUCAAGGUCUGUGUUUCUGUGUUCCAACGUCCUUCUUCAUCGUUUUCAGGGAAGAAAGCUCGGACUUUCGACCUUGAAGCCAUGUUUGAGCAAACGAGAAGAACUGCAGUGGAGAGGAGCAGGAAGGUCUUAGAGGCCCGUGAAAGAGAGAAGGAAGACCAAGCUGAAAAAGAGUUUAGACGUCCCUGCACUGAUUCAUCAGCUUCAGCAGCCAGUGCAACAGGAGCUGGGUCCACAUUAAGCCAAAGAGAGAGAGGCUCCAGUGAAAGUGAAGAUAGCUCAGAUGAAGAGUUAACUGGUCCUUCCAUGCAAUCCCAGACUUCUGCUCAAGGUCCAGCUGAGGAUACUGAUGAUGAUGAAGAUAAUGAAUUCAUCGGGCCACCACUUCCACCUGGGUUCAAGGAUAGUGAUGACGAUAAUGACAAUGAUGAUACAGAGGAGGAAGAUAAUAACCCUGUCAAGAAAAUUCCAGAUUCUCAUGAAAUUACACUCCAACAUGGGACAAAAACAGUUUCUGCUUUGGGAUUGGAUCCUUCAGGUGCCCGUUUGAUAACUGGUGGAUAUGACUAUGAUGUUAAAUUUUGGGAUUUUGCUGGAAUGGAUGCCUCUCUCCAGGCUUUUCGGUCACUCCAGCCUUGUGAAUGUCACCAAAUCAAAUCUUUACAGUAUAGCAGCACGGGAGAUGUUAUUCUUGUUGUCUCUGGUAACUCUCAGGCAAAAGUUCUUGACAGAGAUGGCUUCCCAGUAAUGGAAUGCAUAAAAGGAGACCAAUACAUUGUGGAUAUGACAAACACAAAGGGUCACACAGCAAUGCUGAAUUCAGGCUGUUGGCAUCCAAAAAUAAAGGAAGAAUUUUUGACAUGUUCUAAUGAUGGAACUGUGAGGACAUGGGAUGUUAACAAUGAAAAAAAGCACAAAAGCAUAUUUAAACCACGAUCAGUUCAAGGUAAACGGGUAAUUCCCACAACUUGCACGUACAGCAGAGAUGGUAAAUUUAUUGCAGCUGGCUGUCAAGAUGGCUCCAUCCAGAUCUGGGAUAGGAAUAUGAGUGUACACACAAAGUUCCAUUGCAGGCAAGCCCAUACUCCAGGCACUGACACUUCAUGCUUGACAUUUUCCUAUGAUGGUACUGUCCUGGCCAGCCGGGGAGGAGACGAUACUUUAAAGAUAUGGGAUAUUAGACAAUUUAAAAAGCCUCUUAAUUCAGCGGAAAGACUACCCAGCUUCUUUCCAAUGACAGAUUGUUGUUUCAGCCCAGACGAUAAAAUACUCGUAACAGGCACCUCUGUUAAGAAAGGUGGUGGCAGUGGGAAGCUUUUUUUCUUUUAUCGGGAGACUUUCCAGAAGUUGUAUGAAAUAGAAGUUACAGAUGCGAGUGUUGUGCGUUGCCUUUGGCAUCCCAAGCUGAAUCAGAUCAUGGUUGGUACAGGAAAUGGUUUGGCCAAAGUGUACUAUGAUCCUGUCAAAAGCCAGAGGGGAGCAAAAUUAUGUGUGGUCAAAACAAAACGAAAAGAGAGACAAGCAGAGACUCUUACACAGGAUUACAUUAUAACACCCCACGCGCUUCCGAUGUUCCGUGAGCCUCGGCAGCGAAGCACCAGGAAACAGCUGGAGAAGGAUAGGCUGGACCCCAUGAAGUCUCACAAACCUGAACCUCCAGUAGCAGGACCAGGUCGUGGUGGGCGUGUUGGAACUCAUGGAGGUACCUUGUCAUCAUACAUAGUCAAGAAUAUUGCACUGGAUAAGACAGAUGAUAGCAACCCUCGAGAGGCUAUUUUACGUCAUGCAAAGGAAGCGGAGGAGAAUCCAUACUGGGUUGCUCCAGCAUAUGCUAAAACACAGCCGAAAACAGUUUUUGCAGAAGUGGAACCAGAAGAUGAUGAAACAGACAAGCCAGAGUGGAAAAAACGUAAAAUUUAAAAAAUUUGUUUUAAAGGGUAAUUUUAGAGCAUUUGAAAUAAAAGUGCAGCAUUUAUUUCUUUAUUUUUGGUAGUGAAUCAAAAUCUGAAAGCAAAAAUUACUUCAGUUUGUAAAACUUAUUGCCGUGUUUUAUGGAGGCAUACCAAAGCAGCUUCACACAAAUGAUAAAGGUGAACAAACUUUAAUUUGUAACCAAAUCCAAACAUCUGAAACCAAAAAGAUGAUGGGGCUGACCAAAACAAUGCUCCAAUGACAUUUAACAAACCAUAGGUUCGGUGUACCACUUGGGGAACUUAUUAUUACACAAUGACACAGAAGAAUGAUGGCCCAUAAGAAAUGAUGACUCAAAGUGUGCACACACUCACUGAAAGAGAAGCCUCUCACCCAAGGGUACCCAGAAGAUUGUCUUCAAGGUCUUUUCCAGCCUAGAUGAUUCUGUGUGAUCGCUCGCCCAAGGGGGCGAGGGCUUAUUCAAGGAUACCCAGAAGAAGUAUUCAACUCACCAAGAGGGGAGGGGAGGGAAGUUUUGUUGGGUGGCAUCCCAAUCCCAAGGGGAGGGCUUCUGAUCACAGACUCGCUGCUCUGAGGAGAACCACUCGAAGGGGGUUUUGUAGCCUGGUCAAAUCUGAGCUGUGGUGAUAUAUGGUCAGCGUUGUAGAAAAUUCUCUCAACCAGGGCAUUUCACUGGCUGAGGACCUUGUCUGUUGACUAGGGGUCCCACCUCCCUUUUCCUGCUGUGAGGAGUGGGGGGGAUAGUGCGUGCUGGUGUGCACCCGUCCAGGGUGCGUUACAGGGCACAUACAUGACAGCAACCACAGUGUGUUGGCAGAGGCACAAGGGUAAGGGCGCUGUGUUAAAAGCCAUAGCCCGUGCUGGGGCGUGGUGCUCCUGACAUACAGCGUAAAAAGGGAUUGUUGCAUUACACUGGAUUGUAAUCCCACAUCUGAAUUUUGUAAUAAGGAAUUAAUUAUAUUGUGCAAAAACAGCGCGCUCUGUCUGUUUUUAGCUUUGUGUUUUAAGUGAAAAAUAGUUAAUUAUAAAUACAACUCCAGUGAAUUAAUUAUAUUGCCAAAUUUUCAAUUACUGCCAACUUUACAAAUGCUUUGUCAUGAGUGUUCAAUGAUUUUAAGUACAUAAAUAAAAUAAUACAGUUUCUGAG